CCAGCAGCCCUUGCUUGCUGACUGGAGGAAGCUGUCACUUUGCUUCCUUCUGGACUUCGGAUUUUAAGCCUGGGAAGCCGCAGGCUCCCGGCAUUCUCGUUUCACACAGCCUGAGUCUUGCCAAAAAGCAGCGGGCUCCUCUCCCCUCCCACGGAGCCCGAUGGCGGUUCAGGUGACCGUUCUGCCUUCUCCCAGGUGUCUGUUCGACGACCCCGUUCAGAUCCGUGUGACGGGACUCCUGCCGCAGCAGAGGGUCACGCUCAGAGCCUGCCUUCUGGAUGAGGGUGGGGAGCUCUUCCAAGCCCACGCUCACUACAGGGCUGACGGCAGUGGGGAGCUUGAUCUGACCCACUGCCCAGCGCUGGGGGGCAGCUAUUCUGGAGUGGAGCCCAUGGGAUUGCUGUGGUCUCUGCGGUCCAAAACACCGUAUAAGCGGCUGGCAAAGAGAAACGUCCUGACCCCUUUCUGUGUAGAUUUGGAAGUAUAUGAGGGCCAUGGGGACAUGAGCCGGUUGCUGGGAAAAUGCACCCAUGAGCGGUGCUUUUUAGGAGAGGGAGUGAAGAGGAUUUCAGUCAGAGAAGGUCGGCUUAAAGCAACUCUCUUCCUCCCUCCUGGACCUGGACCGUUCCCUGGUCUUAUCGAUCUGUAUGGAUCUGGAGGAGGACUUGUUGAAUACAGAGCAAGUCUUCUGGCUAGCAGAGGCUUUGUGACUCUAGCUCUGGCUUACAUGGCAUUUGAAGAUCUGCCUGCUAUGCCAGAGAUUCUUGAACUGGAUUAUUUUCAGGAGGCUAUAGACUUUUUGCAUAAGCAGCAGCAGGUGAAAGAUGGUGGGAUUGGCGUUUUGGGCUUGUCUAAAGGAGCUGAUCUAGCCCUUUCCAUGGCCACGUUUCUACCUGGCAUCAAGGCAGCCGUCAGCAUAUCUGGAAGUGGCUUUAAUUCUUUCAUUCCCCUAAGGGGAGAUGGCUUCACUAUUCCUGCCCAUCCAUAUGACUUGGGGAGAAUGAAGACCAGUGAGGAGUCUGGUCUUGUAGAUUUUUCAGAUAUCCUAGAUGAUCACAGAGACCCAGCGACUUGGGAUAGUCGCAUUCCUGUGGAGAAGUCCUUGGCCAAGUUCCUCUUUCUGUCAGGGCUGGAUGACAAGAAUUGGAAAAGUGACCUUUACUGCCGGGAUGCUGUUCAGCGCCUUCAUCAGUGUGGACAGAAGGUGGAAUUUUGCUCCUAUUCUGGAGCAGGGCACCUUUUGGAGCCACCAUAUCUGCCUCUGUGCCAGUCUUCAAUCCACAAAGUGCUUGGGGUGUUUGUGCAGUGGGGAGGGCAGUGGAGGGAGCAUGCCAGAGCACAAGAAGAUGCCUGGCACAGGAUACAGGCCUUUUUCUGGAAACACCUGAUGAACUCAGACAUUCCUAAGAGCAACCUGUAGUAGAAGUAUUGCUGUCAGCAGUGGCGGCAGGAUUAGUAUUUCAUUUCUUACUGUACUAGGGCCAAAAUCUUCCUGAGUAAUUUCCCAUUUUUGAGUUUUUUGAGUACUAUCUUGCCCCCAGGUGCAGUGUAGACCUGCCUGUGUGCUGCAGAAAAUCCAGCUUGGUGACAUGCAGGUUACAUUUUUACUGAGCUGGCUUUGCUUUCAGUCUCUGUCGCUCUCCCCUUGCAGCAGAAAAUACUCUCAAAGGAGAGACCUCCAUUGAAUUGUAUUACACCUUUAACUAAACUAGAUACAAACAGUGGCUUUUUGGAAUAAUACAUCAGUACAUGCA